AUGUCUUCUCGUGGCCAGCGUGUUGCAGGAACUGAUGGCACGGAUUUUCAGCACCGACAACGUGUCGCUGCUCAUUUCCACGAGAGAACUUACUAUUUGUAUGGUUGCACAAAUAUUUUUUGCAGUGUGCACUACAAGUUCAUUCUGAAGUGGUUCUUUGCUCCUCAUAUACUCAUCUUAGUUUUCAUGUGGGCUAAGGUCGGCAGUGAGAUUCUUCGACGUGAAUUCGGUUGGAGAAGUGCUUUUUUUGAGCGACUCGAUAUGCCGUCUGCUUACCCGUGGGAAUACGUCUGGUGUUUCUCAUUCAUACCCAUCAUUUGUGCUAUGAUGUCAUUUCCAAAGAAUAAGGUGAAAUUAUUGAAUUAUCAUUACUAUGGGCACUUUAUAUUUGGUAUUUUACCAUGCAUGAUUGGACUGGGAGGUCAACUUCCGGAGCUUCUUGAUUACAUGAACGAUCAAGAGAACAGUCAGACGCCUACGUUUAAGGGUGCGUUCCCCAUGGUUAUUAUUUGGUACAUUUUCUUUGCUAUUGCUCUCCAGAUUCACGGUUUUGCUAUGUAUUUCUCGUAUCAUCUUUCUGCAGCUUGGAAACCUUUGAAAGUUGAUUAA